CCGGGACCAAUCCCGCCGCGCAGGUCCUCGCCUGCCCAGCCUACACACUCUGAACGUCAAAGCCCGAGCAACUUAAGGCACCCCGCCACCACCCCGUCCGUGUCGCGCGCCUUGACGAGCUUCUCCGCGUGCCGCUUCAGCGGCAGCUUCAGCUUGGGCGCGAACGCCAGGAGCUUCUGCAGCUGCGGCGCGGGCAGCAUGAGCGCCGCGGCGAAGCACGCGUCGUCGCCGGCGCCCGCGCCGGCGCCCAGGAUCUUGCAGUACAUGAGGAAGCCCUUCCACAGGUCCGCGUCGCGCCAGACGCCCACGUCGACCAGCCGCGGGAGCACGCGCCGCGCGACCGGCCCGGCGAGCUGCGCCGGGUGCGUCUUGACGGCCAGGAUGCACGUCCGCAGGAACGCCUUCGGCACGCCCGCGAGCCCCUCGGCGCCCGAGCCCUGCGGCGGCGUCAUGCGGUCCAGCGCGUCCCGGAGCGCCAGCGGCCCGAACACGUCGCGCAGGCUCAGGCAGACGUUGAGCGCCUCGUUCAGGCGCUUGACGGGCACGGCGCCCGCCGGGACGCGGUGCAGCUUCACCAGGAGGUCCGCGGCCCCCAGGUCCGUGGUCGACUUCGACGCCUUGGCCUGCGCGCGGACCGGGCGGCGCGUCGCGGACCGGCGGGGAAAAACAAAAAAAAAGCGCGCGCGCGUCGGGACGCCGCGCGCGCGCGGCGUGCGUCUGCACCGCGCGCCGGAACGCCGCGCCGAGCUGCGCGUCGUCGAGCCGCCGCAGCAGGGACGGCAGCGCCGCCUCGACCUCCGCGGCCGUCGCCGCGCCGAGCGCGGGCGUCAGGAACUCCACCCCGUCGUCCUCCUCGGCGCUGCCCCGCUCCCGCCGCGCCCGCGCGCGCACGGCGACGGCGCCCUCCCAGAGCUGGGGCGCGCGCGCGCCGCGCCCGGUCGCGAGCGCGGCCACCAGCGACCGCAGGAGCGCCUCGGUCGCGUCGCGCCGCCGGGGCGACAGGUCGCCCCCGAGCGCGUCGGCGGCGUGCUCGAGCGUCGGCUUGGCGCCGUGGACCGUGGCGAGGGCUGGCGCCAGUUUGGGGAGCUCCGCCUCGCAGGCCUGGCGCGUCGUGGCGCGCCGCGCGUCGUCGGGCGCGUCGGCGGUCGCCGCCGCGGCCCGCACGACGUCCGGCACGAGCGACGCGUCCUUGACGCACAGCGCGACGACCAGCGCGAGCUCCCGG